GUUCCAGACCAAUGAGAGGCGUUCCUCCGACGCAUUAUUAGGGCUGAACUAAACGAGACAACUGUUGAGGGAUUGCGCGAUGCCGUCAGUGAGAUACGCACACUCAACAACAAAGUCGAUGAUAUGGCCAACGACCCGUUGUCUAAUGACACCUGUAUGCUUAGAGAAAAGGAUGGUCCGGGGGGGGGGGUUCGUGGGCGACACGUAUAGGUGUGUUGCUGUCGUUGCGAAAUGCUGUCACCGCUUGCGCUACAGCUGUCGUUUACCUGUCUGCUCUUGUCACUACUUCCACUGUUGCUGUCAUUAGUAACCCUGCUGUCGUCACCGCAACUGCUUCUCGAAGUGGAAAGAAAUGAGCCCAUUGCCACUGCUUGCGCUGCUGCUAUCACUAGUUCCCCUGUUGUUGUUGUUGGUGCAAAUGGCGUUCUGCGUGAACCGAUGUCAGCUCAUUGGUCUCCGACGUUCGCGCAUUUCAUGCGCGGGUUGCAGGCACUUUUAUGUCUUUUUGAUCCGAGCUGUGGCGUCUUGCUUGCCCUCCUGGGGAGCAUCAACUUAUCGUCUUAGGAAAUAUGGAUGGCGUGCAGAUGCAAUAUGAAACGCCUGGAAAAUUACGCAGAGGGAGGGGCGUCAGCGUCGGUUACCUGCCUGCUGUUAUUACCUGGAGAUUGGCAUGGGAGUUCUGUCUUCGAGGCAUGGGAGGUUGAUGGGAG